AUGGAAUACAUUGACCAUGUAAUGGACCUGAGCGACGUUCUUAAUACCCCUGGAGUUGCGAUUAAGGAUCGUCCGAUCCUCGACCCAAACAUUGAUGAAGCCAAGCUUGAACUGCUUUACGGACAAUUUGCGGAUAUUUUGCUUCAAUUGUCCACGCUACGGCUGCCUAGGAUAGGAUCGUUGGCCCAGAUUGACGAUUUCACCUGGGAGGUGGCUCGAAGACCACUAUCUUAUAACGCAAAUGAACUCGCCCGUCUAGGGACUCUCCCGCGCUCGAAGUUGCCAAAGGCGAACGAAACUUUUCAAUCAGCGUCAUCCUACUCCAAUAUGCUGGCAGAUCUUCACCUCGAGCAUCUCACACCAACGGAACGAUGCCGUCGAUCGAUCUGGGGCAGGAGGAUAAAGAGUGAAAGAUUUUGUUGCAAAAGCACACGCCUGAUUAUUCUGAUGCUCACUUACGGCCGAGUCCUUCGCUUGAUAGAAGAGCUUCAAUGGCUACAGGGUGGCGUGCUCCUGAAUCCGGAUAUGUGA